CUCGUUUCCAACAAGAUGCCUUAUUUCACAAAACUCCUUUUAUUAAUUUUCUGCUUAGUUCUUCUCGUGGAAAGCAGAAGGCACAGGAGGAGGAGGUGGACAACCCAUCCGGAUGUGCAGAGGGCAAGCCACAUCUUUAAGAGGAAUCGGGACUUGACCAAGGCCUGGAGAGGAAAGACGGAGCAGCUUCUCAGAGUGGACGAACACGACUUCACCAUGCGGCCGGCCUUUGGAGGCCCUGCCAUUCCUGUUGGGGUGGAUGUGCAAGUUGAAAGCUUGGACAGUAUUUCUGAGGUUGACAUGGAUUUCACCAUGACCUUGUACUUAAGGCACUACUGGAAGGACGAGCGUCUCUCGUUUCCCAGCACCAACAACAAGAGCAUGACCUUUGAUGGCAGGUUGGUGAAGAAGAUCUGGGUCCCUGAUGUCUUCUUUGUGCAUUCCAAGAGGUCCUUCAUCCAUGACACCACCACGGACAACAUCAUGCUGCGAGUGUUCCCCGAUGGGCACGUCCUCUACAGCAUGAGGGUCACAGUGACAGCAAUGUGCAACAUGGACUUCAGCCAUUUCCCCUUGGACUCUCAGACAUGUUCUCUGGAGCUGGAAAGCUAUGCUUACACUGAUGAAGAUCUGAUGCUGUAUUGGAAAAAUGGGAAUGAAUCUCUGAAAACUGAUGAAAAAAUUUCUUUGUCUCAGUUUUUGAUACAAAAGUUCCACACCACAUCAAGACUGGCUUUCUACAGUAGCACAGGUUGGUACAAUCGCCUCUAUAUAAACUUCACCUUACGCCGACACAUCUUCUUCUUCCUGCUCCAAACCUACUUCCCUGCCACUCUCAUGGUCAUGCUGUCCUGGGUGUCCUUCUGGAUCGACCGACGAGCAGUUCCUGCCAGAGUCUCUUUGGGGAUAACCACUGUGCUGACCAUGUCCACAAUCAUCACUGGGGUGAAUGCCUCCAUGCCUCGUGUUUCCUACAUCAAAGCAGUGGACAUUUACCUGUGGGUCAGUUUUGUGUUUGUUUUCCUCUCGGUGCUGGAAUACGCAGCUGUGAAUUACCUGACAACAGUGCAAGAGCGGAAGGAGAGGAAACUGCGGGAGAGGUUUUCGUGUUCGUGUGGAAUACCUCACUCGAAAACUAUGAUGCUGGAUGGAAACUACAGUGAAUCUGAUGCCAACAGCCUGGCAGGGUACACAAGAAACCAGAUGGCAGCAGAAGAGGAAAAACCAGAAAAGAUGGUUGUGCAUCUAGCCAUGAGCAAUGAAUCUAAUUCAUCAAGGAAGAGAGGCCUGAAGGGCCAAGUGGGCUUGCGCAUCAUCCAGAACACUCAUGCAAUUGAUAAAUAUUCAAGGUUAAUAUUCCCAGGCACCUAUAUAUUUUUUAAUUUGAUAUAUUGGUCUGUCUUUAGCUAA